AGUGCUCCGAUUGGGGCCUGGCUCCGUCUGGAACUGCAGCUGGCUUUAAUGGGCCGCCCCAUUCAUUCAGUCGGUCGGUAUCGGCGAGAGAUGACGCAGUGGGGAAACGGCAGCGGACAAGGGGACGCCUGCGCGAACGGAAGUCCAGAUCCAAAGUGUGGCACAAAGUUGCCAAAUAUUCGCUCUGGGGAUUAGCGAAAACGCCAUCGAGGCAGAGUUCUUUCUUCGCGAUUCUCUUUCUUCGCUCUGACAACGGCUACGAAUUGAGUACUUGACUGCACCGCAAACUGGGCGGUCUGCGGCCUCGCCCUCCCCCAUUUCCCCAGCCACCCUCCGUGCGCGUGUGAGUGGGGUGAAUAACAUAAAACAGACGGCAGAAGGCGAGCGCAUAACAUCGAACGGCGAAAGCAUUAAAUAAACAAUUCCAUUUCGGGCUGGUCAACUGGGAGGAAGUUCUGGCCCCCGCGCUGCUGGUGGUGGCAAGCGGUGCCGCGGUAGUGGUGGGUGUGGGAUGUGCGUGCCCAGACAAAGCCGAAGCGCUUAGAGUCUAUUAUCUAUCCGGCAAGUGCUGACGCGUUGCUGUAGCCCGCCGACGAUUCCCAAAUCUUUGCACUGUGAAAAGUAUCAAGCAUCGAAAUGUGCUACGUUAUCAUUACCAGCGCCAGUCUGGUGUGGUUCCUCUGCUCCCUGGUGGCGGACAUGCUCUUCGCAGUGGCCCUGGUCACACCCAAGUGGCUGGUGGGCCCCGCCCAAGCUACCAACUCCAGCUUAAAUCCCCAUCGCCAGUCCUCAGUCGGCAUUUACACGCGCUGCAAGGUAUUGCAGGAGGGGGGCAAAUUCCACUGUGGACGCUUUGACUUGGACGGACUCGCCACGGACGGCAGCGUUUACCCUGGAGAGUGGAAGGCUGCCAUGAUCUUCGCCUCGCUGGGAUUCACCCUGCUGUCGGUCACGGUGCUGCUGACUUUGCUUACCUGCUGUCGCCAGUCGGCCUUUGGAAAGAGCAUCCACAACAUGACGGCCUGCGCCCAGGUGGUAGCAGGUAAGAGCCAAAAAGAAUCCGUUCCCGAGUCCGCUGGUGUAAUAAUUGUAUUUUCAAGGAAUAAGCGUAAUGCUGGCCCUCUUUCUGCAUCCGAUAGGCUGGCGAGCGGCCAGGGUUCAACGUUUGUGCGGUUCAGAUGCAGAGCCAUUCUAUCCCGCCGACUGCAGUAUAGGAAUAUCUUUCUACUGCGGAGUCAUCGGCGUACUCCUCACUUUCGCCGCCGCCGGCAUCAGUCUCAAGGCGGAGUCUUCCAACAUGCGCACCCGCGUUUGCAGACGCGUAGAGGCGGGCAGCAAACUGGUCUGCAUUCCGUAGCUGCCUCCAGAUGCAAUAAGCACAAUCUCUGACUUAGAGCGAGCAUACUUAACUUCAUUCUUGAAUUAACUUUAACAUUAGCAUAAAUAAACGACUAACUUUUCUACAGUA